AUGUUUAACGUCUUCAAAUCCUCAAAGAGUGUGAACGGCAGCUCCACGACGUUAUCUCUUCCUGGGACAGGAUCUCCGGGAGCAUUCGACCUCCCUGACAACUUAAAACAGGUAGUAAGAGGCCUCCAUAAAACCCCUCCGGAAACGCUUCCCGAUAAAACCGCCGACUACCACGAGGUUCAGGUUUUUCUUUAUCAACUCCUGACUGUACAGGAAUACAAAGUGGCCAAGUUCUGGCCGCAAUGGGUACUUGAGACUGUCGCACAGUGGAAGGGCACUGGCGCCGACUUCCUGGCACUGGACAGAAAAGCGCUGGAAAAGCUCUGUCCUCUGGAUCAAGGUCACGUUCGUCUGGCUCCAAGACAAGCGACUGAGAGCUUUCCGCCUCCGGAGUGCCGUGAAAGGAUUGGCAUGGCUAUCGCGACACGAGUGGCGGAGCUGAAGAGGAAGGAAGAGCAGAGAGACAAGGUGAGGAAGGAGUGGGAGCAGACGCAGGUCGAUGGCAGUGCUCUCAGAAGGCUCUACGAGGGCCGCACUCGGGGCAUGGUCCCAACUAAUACCACUGAUUUCAACUCUUCUAAUCCGGACGAUCGGCCCGUUUCCACCGCGAGAUCGUUGAGGAGCGCAAAAUCAGCACGUUUCACUUCCUUCACCCACAAUUUCCGUGUUCCUGGUGCGUAUCCGAGGUCGUCACAACCAAACCUCCAUUCGGCGUCAGUAUCUACUUCGAUGCAAGGGUUUAGACUCAAUAGCAUCGGCCAGCUUUCCUCCGGUGGCACUGGAUCGGGUUCUGGUGGUGGCAGUGGCUGGUCCAAUUCUACGGACCCUCCCACUCCUCCAGUCCGCCCAGCUAGCCUGGUGCACUCCAGUUCACGUUCUACAUUGCGACCUCGACAUUUAGCGCCCUCGAUAAGGUCUCAACCAUCAACCUCAUCAAUGCACCCAUCACGUGUUGUUACUCCAAAACUCAUGCGGCACGUCUUACCAACUGAGCAUAAGCACUCGCCAUCAGCAGCUCAGCAAGCAAGGAACAUGCCAUAUCAGCAACAACUCUCCAAUGGUAGCAUCAGCACUGCCUAUCUUCCCGCCCCAUCUGUUUCCAGCCGUGACACUAUAUCUAGAUAUGGCUCUCAAAGCUGCAUAUCUCCAGCACCUCCAAGCGUUCACUGCGCAGCUGGGCAUGGCCCACGAGGUAGUCUGUAUUCAUCACCUUCAGUCGUGUACACUGCAGCUGGAUUUGGAUCACAAGGGUGGCAGUCCCCACAGCCUUCUAGUUACUACAGUCUCGAAUGCCCCCCGAAUGGCUAUCCUGCACAAUGUCCUCAUCACCCCGCAAUGGACCCGCGAAUAUUCUCCACAGCCAUGGACCCAUGCACCCUCUAUUCGGCCGGUUUCAAUCUCUCAGGGUACUUUCCUCCACCAGAUCAGAUUCCACUACCCUCUUCUGUGCCUUCUCGAUUCCCUUCUCGUAGCAUUUCCUGCCAAUCUACCACUGACAUGCGUCGGCCUUCCCUCGACCAAAUGUUCCCAAGUUCCUCCAGCACUAGCAUGGGUUCAAUGAGGCAAUUUAUGCAGCAACCCAACCUCCCGACGCCCUCUCUCGCUUCAUCAAAGGCUAGGUCGGUAAAUUCAUCAAUCAGGGCCCUCCAGUACGUCCCCGAGGAUGCUCCUCUUCCACCCAUGUCCACGACAUCGUCGAGCUCCCGGCGAGCUCACUGGCCCAGCGGGAAUAAGACUCCCACGGUGAGCGCGUUCACUGGCCCAAACCGCUCUGCUACUAACUUUGCUGUCGACCAGCGAGCUCUUGCCCAGGGGGAAUAUGUGGCUUUCAAGGCUACGCCUUGCAGAGCACGGGAUCAAUUUUCCGAGGCUCGACAGAAGCGGCUAGAGAGCGUAGCGCCAGAUAUUUUUGGGAAAUUAGAUCAGCGACAAGGGCCGGUCAUGAGACUGCAAAGCUACGACGGCCAAAACAUGCCAACGUUGGUUGAACGCAUUGAGCAAAGAGAGCUAUUGGAUGGGAAGAGGCAGGCGGGCUCCGUUGGUGCUAACGGUCUGUACAGCGAUCCAAUGAGGACCAACUCCAAGAUGUUCCGGGGAAUGGGAGGCUGA